AUGGACCUGUCGUCUCUCGAAGGGCCUCCUCUUUGCGACAACAGGUUUUCUGCGCCCGUCGACGUUCCUCGCGUCGAAAUCGACGAAAGCCCACGUCGCAGUUCGCAUGCCAUCCCGUCCAGCCUACACGAUCGGGGGACGACGACUACAACGACGACGAUAGCUGCUGGAUCACGGCGUGACUCGCACAUGGAGGAGAUGGAGAGCAGUGUUCGCACAGCAAGAGGCCGAGAAAACAGCAGAGGGACAAUCGAUCAGCCCCGGUCACACAGUGCCUUAUCUUCAACCCGAUCGUCCGAACAACAGCAGACCACCCUCAGACCAUCACGCAGCCAUCCGAGCCUCCCUUCUUCACAAUCAGAUUCUAAUAAUUCCCCCAGUGGGGGGAACCAAAGCGGAUAUCUGCGGAUAAUCGCCAACGACCACCUGGUCUGGCUAGAGGACGAGAAAGUAUGGAUCAAACUGGGCUCUCCGGCGCCUUCGGGCAACACGCGUUCGCAAAAUAGCUGCUCAGCAGGCUCGAGCCAUAGCCAUACGCAUAGCCAUACCCAUACCCAUAGCUACUACCCUGCGAAUCAGAAUCAGAAUCCGACACACCCGGCACUGUUGCAAUAUUACGACCCAUAUGCGAAUGAAUACGAGGACCCGGAUGACCUACCGCCCUCUUAUGAGAGCCAUGGCUUCGUCCAGACCAGGACGGGCCAGCCAGUUGCGGCGCACGAGUCGCGAUGGAUGGCAGUUGCGGAACGGGUUGGGAGAGCGUUUGCUAGAAGUGCUGGAAUAUUUGAUUCAUUUAAUUAUGUGCAUGUGCAGUAUAAGUCCCAAAUGACGGGGAAAAAGGAGUUAAGGAAGAUACGGGAUUAUGAACGUUUGCCAUUUUUUUCAGUCGUGAAUUUCUUCGACGAUACUACUACUAAUAAAGCUCAUUUUAUCAACAUUCCGUUUCUGGCUGCCUCUGACAAGGUAGACAUCUAUCAGAUCAUGCUGAUCACAUGA